AUGGGGGCUCUGCUCAAAAUAACCCUUGUUGGGGUGCUCCUGGCUCUCCUGGGGGAGAGGAUUACGCAUUUUUGCCAUAGAUUCUUAGUCUUCAAUGAAGUCGUGCCAGUAGAGCUCCCAGGCUGUCAACUAGUGAAAGGGAUUGAGGCUGGUUCUGAAGAUAUCGAUGUUCUUCCUAAUGGUUUGGCCUUUAUAAGUACAGGCCUGAAGUUUCCAAAUGUAAAGAGCUUUGCACCUGAUGACCCUGGAGAGAUAGUACUUUUAGACCUGGAAGAUGGCGACCUCAGUCCCGUCCCUCUGCGCAUCAGUGAAGGGUUUGACGUGUCUUCCUUUAACCCUCAUGGGCUGAGCACAUACAUCGAUGAGAAGGAUGGUACAGUCUAUCUCUUUGUCGUGAAUCAUCCGCAGUUACAAUCCAUAGUGGAGAUAUUCAAAUUUCAAGAGGAAGAACGUUCUCUUCUCCAUCUGAAAUCGGUCAAACACGAACUCCUCAGCAGUGUUAAUGAUAUAGUUGCUGUUGGGCCUGAGAGCUUCUACGCCACGAUUGAUUUUUACUUCACUAAUGCCAACAUGAAAUUUGUGGAAAUGUAUCUUGGCUUUCCAUGGACGGGUGUUGUGUAUUACAGCCCUGGUGAUGUCCGACAAGUGGCCACGGGACUUUACAAUGGCAAUGGAAUUGCUAUUUCAAAUGACAAAAAAUACAUCUACGCUGCUGAUUUCACACAUCAUACAAUUAAUGUCUUUAAAAAGAAUAAAGAUUGGUCUCUUACCCCAGUAAAGGUGGUGGAUGUAAAUAGCAUUUUGGAUAAUCUGUCAGUGGAUCCAGUGACCGGGGAUAUCUGGACAGGUGCUCAUCCAAACCUAUACAAACUCUUCAACUACAGUCCGGACGAUCCUCCAGGUUCAGAGGUGAUCCGUGUACAGAAUAUUCACUCAGAUAACCCCAUUAUCACAAGAGUCUAUGCAAACAAUGGGUCAGUGAUCCAGGGGUCAUCCUGUGCCUCCGUGUACAAGGGGCAGCUACUGGUGGGUACAGUAUUCCAUCGAGCCCUGCACUGCCCGCUGAAGUGAUGCUUCCUAUAAACCUGCAUACUAAUGUUCGGAAUUUUUUACAAACCAAAAUAAAUUCUAAUUUUACCAAAACAACAAAAAAAUUUGUUUCUUUUUCUUUUUGUAAAUUUAGAUGAAAAACAUGCCAUCACAUAUCCCAUAAUAAACCCCAGGAAAGUCUGACACGUGUUCCUCCUGAUACCCCUCUUUUGUAGAAGAAUAGUGUCCUUUGGUUUGCUUUGAGUAAAUGUAAAAGAUGAAAAAGAAUAAAAGUGCAAACAGAUUUGGUUCUUCUGUUCUGGGCCCUGAUCAGUCACCUUUGUUUCCAGUAUGGUGUGCAAACAAAGUUGUUUGGUUAUCAUACGCAUUUUGAAUGUACAUUAUUCUUACUCAUAGCUAUUCAGGUGUAUGGUAAUGUGACGCCUGCAAAAGAAGAAAGCCUUCUCAUGUUCUAACCUCCACAAAAGGCUGAAUACAAACCCCAAUCUAUGUAAUUUCGCAGCAAAGUGAGCACAGCACCUGCAGAAGUCUGAUCCUGCACUACAAAUCCCAGCCAGCAGUGUCACAUACAAAUAUC